AUGGACUUGUCAAAUUUAUCUUUUGAUCUCCCUCCCACAAAGCCCGUCAACCAGACCGCAAUCGAUGAUCUCAGCAGGGAUCUCACCACCGAGUUCAAGAAUGCUGCCAAGUCUGUAGCCAAAUUGUACAACUCAUCGGUGGCUGGGAAUAGCACGUCGCCCAACCACAAGGCUGAAUUUGCUAAUGCCGCCAAAUCAGUUGCUGCAUUGUACAGAACCACCCAUAACGCUACCCUGUUACUCCAAUACAACGGAUACUUGAAUUGCCUAGACGACUUGCUAGAAAUCAUCGCCAAUGACGGGGACGUCGAGAACUGGGCGUUGACCAAGCGAGCAGAGAUCACCAACAUGAACAACGCCGAAGACAAGGCUGAAGUGGCCGACAAGCCCGCAAGUGCAUCGUCGGAACUGUUCCAGUUUCCCCACGAAUUCAAAUUCUCAUUCAAUCAUGAUUUACAGCCCAAACGUCCGUUCGUGCCUGGGAUGGCCCCAUUAUCGGUCGAGCAC